UCAGUCAGGUUUCGUUCGUUCGAGGAUCGGAAAGCUCGGUCCGCAUGCGUCGCACGUCGCCCCGACGAGAAUUUAAACAAUUGUUCGCACGUUUUUCUACACGAGUGGAAAAUUGACGCGCGCGCAAACGCUCUCGCUCUUCUCAUUGAGCUUUGAGAGAGAUAUACAAAUAUAUUAUAUGUGAAUGGUAUACUUGUUGAAUGAUCUUUGUUUGAUUAAGGAUCGUUUAAAGGGAACCAGGAAAAUAGUACCUUCUUUCUCCAUAAGGCUACCUAACGAGUUGCUCCUUCUUAACAAGUUCUUUCGGUAACAAUCUCGAAUAAAUCUAAACAAAUUACAUUCUAAAAAGAAAGGGACAAUAGAUAAAAAGAAAAGAAAACGGGAAAGAAAAUAUAAGGAACUGUUCAUACGUCAUGCACGAUCUUACGAAAUUGGAUGGUGGCGACGGCAGGCCCAACGUAUUUUUCAAGAGACAAGAUACACAGGCAUUCCGCGAAAGGACUAAGAGGGAUGCCCUGAACGAACUCCAACAUGAAUUAGAGAAACUCGAGGAAAGCGCAACAGGGGAGGUCAAGGAGGAGGUCCAUCGACAGUUCGAUGGCUUCACUCACCUCUUCAAACGGUUCCUCCAGGAGGAAGGACCUUCGCUAGAAUGGGAUCGUAUACAGAAGCUGCCCGAUGAUGCGAUAAGAGAUUACAAUUCCUUGCCAACUCCGGAAGGAGAAGAAAUGAAGGCACUUUUAAGCAAGUUGAUCGUUAUAAAAUUGAAUGGUGGCUUGGGAACUAGUAUGGGAUGCCAUGGCCCUAAAUCUGUAAUAGCAGUACGUAAUGGACUUACAUUCCUAGAUCUGACUGUACAACAAAUUGAGUAUUUGAACAGAACUUACAAUGCAAAUGUCCCGCUUAUUUUGAUGAAUUCCUUCAAUACAGAUGACGAUACACAACGAAUAAUUAGAAAAUAUAAAGGAAUAGAUGUUGAUAUUCAUACGUUUAAUCAAAGUUGUUAUCCUCGUAUAAAUAGAGAUUCUUUACUUCCGACUGCAAAACACUGUGAUGUUAAUGAUGACAUUGAAGCGUGGUAUCCUCCUGGUCAUGGAGACUUCUAUGAAAGUUUCAGAAAUUCAGGUUUAUUAAAAAAAUUUAUAAAGGAGGGACGUGAAUAUUGUUUCAUUUCAAAUAUUGAUAAUCUAGGUGCUACUGUAGAUUUCAAAAUUUUGAAAUUACUGUUAGACAAACGUGAAGCUUCGCCUCUUGAAUUCGUUAUGGAAGUUACUGAUAAAACUCGAGCUGAUGUUAAGGGUGGCACACUAAUCAAAUAUGAGGAUAAGCUACGCCUACUUGAAAUUGCUCAGGUUCCAAAGGACCACGUAGAUGAUUUCAAAUCUAUAAAAACGUUCAAGUUUUUCAAUACAAAUAAUUUAUGGAUAAAACUUAGCGCUAUUGAAAGAGUACUUGAGAAGAAUUCCUUGAAUAUGGAGAUUAUUGUAAAUAAUAAGACCUUCUCGAAUGGUUUAAAUAUUAUUCAAUUAGAAACAGCUGUUGGAGCUGCUAUGAAAUCAUUUGAAGGGAGUAUUGGUAUAAAUGUUCCACGCAGUAGAUUCUUACCAGUGAAGAAGACUUCAGAUUUAAUGCUUGUUAUGAGCAAUUUGUAUAUUCUUCGCAAUGGUUCAUUAGUAAUGAGUCCUCAACGAAUGUUUCCUACAACACCUCUUAUAAAAUUGGGCGAUAAUCAUUUUUCAAAGGUUAAAGAAUUCCUUACUAGAUUUCCAGCUAUACCAGAUUUAUUGGAAUUAGACCACCUUACAGUAUCAGGUGAUGUUACUUUUGGAAAAGGUGUAACUCUAAAAGGAACUGUUAUAAUUAUUGCAAACCAUGGAGAACGCAUCGAUCUUCCAGCAGGCACAAUUUUAGAAAAUAAGAUAGUUUCUGGAAAUUUACGUAUUUUGAAUCACUAAGUAAUAUAUAAAAAGAAAGUUUAUCUGUUGCAUAAUAUAAAAAUCAAGAAAAAAUGCA